GAGAGUCAUCGACUCAUCAAAGUUCUUGCUCAAUAGAAUACCUAACUUAUUACAUUUCAGCAGAGAUCUUUUCAUUAAGUUGGCUCUAGACUUUUAAAUUAUAAUAAAAAAUGGACUUGUCAGGCAAUAAUAUGGGGCCUGGUGCCCAAACAAUUACUCUGAUGAAAAUAGGCUACUAUCAAAUUGGCCCUACACUUGGAAAAGGAACUUUUGGAAAAGUGAAGUAUGGUGAGCAUAUUCUGACUGGCACAAAAGUGGCCAUCAAGAUCUUGAACAGAAGGCAGAUCAAGAAUUUGGAUAUAGUGGAAAAAAUAAAGCGUGAGAUCACAAACCUCAAGCUCUUCCGUCACCCUCACAUCAUCAAGUUAUAUCAGGUGAUCAGCACACCUACUGACAUCUUCAUGGUGAUGGAGUACGCAUCUGGUGGUGAACUCUUUGAAUACAUAAAGAAGCAGGGCAAGCUGAAGGAGAGCGAAGCUCGGAAAUUCUUCCAGCAAAUCAUCAGUGGGGUGGACUACUGUCACCGCCACAUGGUCGUGCACAGGGACCUCAAGCCCGAGAAUCUCCUCCUUGACCACAACAGACAUGUCAAAAUUGCUGACUUUGGACUCUCCAACAUCAUGGUGGACGGGGAGUUCCUACGCACCAGCUGUGGCUCCCCAAACUAUGCCGCUCCAGAGGUCAUCUCUGCCAAGCUCUAUGCUGGUCCUGAGGUGGACGUGUGGUCGUGCGGCAUCAUCCUGUACGCUCUGCUGUGCGGCACCCUGCCCUUUGAUGACGACCACGUGCCUUCUCUCUACAGAAAAAUUAAAGAGGGCGUGUUCCAGAUCCCCAGCUUCCUGAACUCGAGCGUGGUGAAGCUGCUGCUGCACAUGCUGCGCGUCGACCCCAUGAAGCGCGCCACCAUCGAGGACAUCAAGAAGCACGAGUGGUUCCAGAAGGACUUAGCAGGUUACUUGUUCCCACCUAUCCACGACACCCAGAUCGCUGUCAUCGACCAAGACGCCGUCAAGGAAGUCUGCGAGAAGCUGCAGGUGGAGGCGGGCGAGGUGCGCGAGGCGCUGUCCACGAGCGACCCGCACAAUCAGCUCUCCAUCGCCUACCAUCUCAUCGUCGACAACAAGCGCUUUGCUGACGCCUCCGCCCAGCAGAGCAUCCGAGACUUCUACCAAGCGGGCUCGCCGCCCCCGCCCGCUUCGCUAGGCAGCUCAGCGGUCUCCAGCCCCGCGGGUGCCCCCAUACGCCCCCACCCUGAGAGGAUCGCCCCCCUCAGGGACAGAAACCUGCGACAGGGAACGCCUGUUAAGAAGGCCAAGUGGCAUUUAGGGAUUCGUUCGCAGUCCAAGCCACACGACAUCAUGAGCGAGGUCUACAAGGCCAUGAAGGUGCUCGACUUCCAAUGGAAGGUGAUGGAUCCGUUCCGCGUGCGAGUGCGACGCAGGAACCCCAUCACUGGCGCCCUGGUGCACAUGUCGCUGCAGCUCUACCGCGUUGAUUACAAGAGCCAUCUUCUCGACUUCCAGAUCAUUGACUCGGAGAAUGCUGCUGCUAUUGAAAAAAAGCGUGACGGCGGAGACGACGUAGGCGAGGCACGUGGCUAUCACGUCAUGGAGUUCUUCGAGAUGUGCGCGGCUCUCAUCGCCGAGCUCGCGCGCUAGACGCGCCUGCCGCCCACGACUCCUGCCACAACAACUGCACUGAAUAUCUUCGCCGAGCUGCAUCAAAUCGGGAGCCCACAGCCUACUUACUUGGAAUUGUUUGUCGUUAUGUGUAGCAGAUAUUUGAAGAACGCUGGGACAAAUCUACGAACAAACCAAUUGCCGUCGAGAGAAUUGCGGCAAUGAUGUCAUGCAAUUAGUAAUGUGUGUUAACAAUGGAAUUUGCGGGCCAUUUUUGUGUUCGAGUGAUCGUUAAAAUUGUAUUCGUGUUAACUUCUUAGGUGGGCAUGUAGCUUACCAACUGUAGCUACUCCUCUGCUCAUUGCACCCUUGUUACUCCAUAACGUCGGUUAAUUCGAUAGGUUUAUGAUUUUAAUUGCGGAUGCCAACCUUGGGAAUCCGUCUGGUCAGUUUCAGUUUUUUAUUUAUUCUGGUUCGAUGCCAUUUGAAAUGAAACUAUCUCUUGUGAUUACUAAUGUGGCUUCUCACGCCUCCGAAUAUUAGCUUCGUUUUUCUUUUUUUCGGGUUUUCUGCCACUUCUUUCUUGAGGAAGGUUAAGGGUAUACAGUUUUACCGUUCUACUCGUAACGUGACGAGAGACGCGUGUGACCUGCUUUCGUCGUGUUUUUUUUUUUGACAUUAUUUUUUUAAUCGGUAACUUUUAUCAAUUGUAAAUUACAUAUUAUUGAAAUAGGUCCACAGCACGUUUGAGCUGCUCACUUAUUGGGCGUGUUGCUUGAAAUAAAUCUAUUGCGAUAUAACCCAUGUGUACAUAGGAGAAACUUGAUAUAUAGAGGGGAAUAAAAAUGGUGUAUUGCUAUUAUUUAGGACUUUUACACCAUGUUCAUGGCUGUCACGCUCUAGUAAAUGAAUUAUUUAGAGCACUCGCACUUUGCUGGCAAUAUUCAACUGAUUAAUGAGCGAACGGUUAAUGCGUUGAGUUAAUGUUUCCGAACUUCUUCGGUGAAUGUUCCCGAACGCUUUGAGUGAACGUUUUCGAAGUUUUCAGUGAUCUUUCCCGAAUGCUUUGAGUAAACUUUUCCAAACUUCUUCAGUGAAUGUUUCUGAAAGCUUUGAGUGAAUGUUUCUGGCUGUGUUGAGUGAACAUUUCUACACGCCCCCGUCCGGCUGGAGCGUGUUUGUAUAUGGGAACACAAUACACAGAGUUUCGCUGAUUGCUCAUAGUUUGUAUUUUGUUUCAGGCUGUGGGUGCACUUCUACAAUGAAGCUAAAUAUGAAUGCCUACAUUAAUUAUUAUGCCAAAUUUGCUGGGGGAAUAAAAGUUGCUGUGUCGAUCCCAUUGCUACUCUAGACAUCGGAAGAAUUGCUUGCUAUAUAUAUUAUAAUCGUAAUUAGAUUUACUGCUUCUUUAAUAGCCUAAUGUAGACUGCAGAGACGUGCCUUAGAUUUCAUGGUCAUUUUAUUAAUGAAUCAGUUUAGGAUGUAGACCGAAAAGCUGAAAAAGUUCUGCCUACAUCAAAAAUUUAUUUGUGAAGCAGGCAUCCAAUCCUUGCUAUCCGCAAAACUUCACGCCGCGACCAUCCAGUAUGUCAAACUUUUUAAUCUGAAUUCUUGUUUGCGGCCUAAUUUUAAAGUAUUUAUUUUGUAUUAUCCUUCACUUAGAUAAGAAUUUAAUCGUAGCAAACCCUUUAUAGUUGUUAAAAAUACUUGCUUCUGCUCUGCCUCAGGUAUGAACUAUUGGUGCAAUAUCAUUUUCUUGUUCUAUCUGUAGUGCGGAUAAAAAUUAUGAUAAUUAGAGGAAUACUGACUGCGUCUCAAAGAGUGCCAUUCGACUACAAUUUAAUGCAAAAACUUCGAUGUUUAAUCUAAUGCACAUAUUGUAUCGAAAAAAUAUGAUUUAUUUUAUUUUUCCGCAAUAGUUCGAAUGAUUUAUGUUGAUUCUCGUGUAUAUUAUUGUUGCUGCUGUAUGCUCGGUACGACAAAAUUAAUCAUUUGUUCCUAAUUUUAAUGAUUGCUUCGAGUUUUUAAGACAAUAAAAACGGUGUAUUUACUUGAGCAAAACUUGUCAUUUCUGACUUACGUAAAAUCGUCCAAGUCUGAUCAUCUCCAUGGCACCUCUUGUUAUUCUGAGGCCGGGGAAGAGUGCCUUGCUUUCUCUUAGCUAUCGAAGAAAUUUCUGAAAUUCUGUUAAAUGGGAUUUUGGGACUCCCGAAAUUUUGUUGUGUUCCUUAUUAUUGCUCGGCAUACAUUACUAUACAAUUUGCGUCUUCUACCGAAUGUGAAAGUAUUUGUAUGUUGCACAAACACGGUUUCAUCUGUGGAAUUUAAAUUGCUCAAAAAUUUUAUUUGUGUAAUUGCUGACGCUUUUGGAUGAGCAAGAUUGAGCGUAAAUGCUAACUUAAUUU